AUGACGUCGUACAUACCUGAGGAAUAUGCUGAUAUGCUUAUUUGUUACGGAUACUGCGAUUGUGUGUCUGCGCAAGCUCGCAACGAAUACAUAGCUCGAUUCCCCGGUCGUCGAGUGCCGGAUGUGGCUGUUUUUGACAGAGUUUAUCGGAGACUUCGAGAAACUGGCUCUAUUUUGAGACGAAAUACAGACAUGGGCAGACCACGAAUUAAUGACGACGAAGAACAGGACAAUGAGAUAGUGCAACGCUUUCGAGCGGAUCCGACUACUUCCACUAAUAUUGUUGCCCUGCAUACUGCUGGCCUAUACCCGUACCAUUACACGCCGGUACACACUAUUGAAGAAGGAGACCCCGCGAGAAGGUUGGACUUCUGCAGAUUUAUGCUAAAUGCUGACGUAGAAGACCCAGAUUUUGUAAGAAAUAUCUUGUGGACAGAUGAAUCCAAAUUUGAUAAAGAUGGCAUAACUAAUUAUCACAACGCGCAUUACUGGGCCCCAAAAGAACUUAGGAAUCCCAAUAAGAAAAGAGUGAAGCGUUCCCAACGAAGAUUCAGCGUGAAUGUGUGGAUGGGUAUUAUCUCCAAUCAUUUGAUUGGACCUUACUUUCUCCCGGACAAUCUAAAUGGGGAAAGUUACGAAAUUUUUUUGAGAGGAGACUUGAGUGAUUUGCUGGAUGAUCUGCCACUCAACUUGAUCAGGGACAUGUGGUUCCAACAUGAUGGCCAUUUCAGGAGAAGUGUCAGAGACUGGCUGGACACAAAUUAUCCAAACAAAUGGAUAGGACGAGGUGGGCCGUUGCCAUGGCCAGCAAGAAGUCCGGACCUAACCCCCAUGGAUUUUCAUGUGUGGGGGCGCAUGAAAAGUCUUGUCUACAGCGAGUCAAAUCCAGUUUCGUCUGUGGAAGAGUUAAAAGAAAGGAUUGUGGAUGCAGCAAAUCAAAUGAGGACAACGUUGACCACUGGAGUAGUGAAGACUGGUCUCCGUAGAAGAAUGCGACAAUGUAUUAGAAACAGAGGCGGCCAUGUUGAACAUGAACUGUAG